AUGAAAUUGAGUUUUAGUUAAUGUAGUUUACUCUCCUCUGUUAAAAGUGGUGAUUUAGGGUCCAUUACUCAUCUUAUUGAAGAAUUAGCUAAAUGCGUCUCAACUUUUUUACAAAUCUAAAUGUACAUUUAUACUAAUACCAUAAAAUAGAAAAUCAGAUAAUAAUUUUAGAUAAAAACUAUAUACCUAUACUUUUUAAUUCAUUAUACAAGCUCUACAAGGUCAAAAUUUAGAUCCACAAAUAGAAUCUAAUCCACCAUAAUAAAAUAUAAUCAUUGAAAUUAUCAAAGCUAUCAAAGAAUUUAAAAUUGAAUUGUUUGAUCUCGCAGCAUAAAAUCCAAAUAUGUCAUUCUUUGAUUUUUUAGUUACAUAACAAUUCAAUGAUUUAUAUGAUAUACUCACAGCUUCUGAAAAAUAAUUAAAUGGAUAAUUAGAACCUAUAACACCAAAAAAAUCAAAAUAAGAAAUACCCUCUAAAUAAUAUCAUUCACUUUUCUAUUAAAAUGAUGCCAUUAGAACAAGAUCAAUGUCUGCUAAUCAUUUGACUUCAUCAAAGUUACUCCAAUAAAAUAAUAUAGAAUUAGAUUUUGCAUUACUAUAAUAAUUUGUUUACAAUCAAAUUGAACAUAAAUAAGAUUCACCUAAAGCAAAAAAUAAAUAAAAUCCAUAGCUCUUUUCUUUCGAUUCUACUUUUGUUAAAGAUUUGCCUUUCUCAAAAUAUAAUGCUAUAAGCAAUUUCGAUGAAUAAUUCAAUUUCACUCUUUAAAAAUCUUAAGAAGAUGCAAUCUAAACUUCCAGAUUCGAGAGUCAAAGAAUUGAUGAAGAAGAAUACUUUGCAACUGAUUAAUCUAGUUCUGAUAUUAAUUUAACACUUGAUAGAUCUUAUAGAGAAUGGGGUGUAAGAUGUAGAUAACUUGCUGAAAAAGAAAAAUAAGUUGCCUAAAGAGAACUCAAAUCUAUUAUUUAGGAAAAGCAUCUUCUUAAUAGAACUAAAAGUUAAAGAAUGAUAAGUCCUAAUAGUAAAGAAUAGGAUCAUGAUCUCAUUAAUAGACCUAAUUAUGAUUCUAAACAAUUUUUAGAUCCCAAAUCAACCUUAAAAAUAUAAAAAUUAUAAGUAAUAUAAUCAUAUCAUUAUUAAAUAGAAAACUAGUAUUAAGGAACGAUCUGAUAUUUUUUUUAUUUGA